CACUGAAGGAUACUAUGAUAUCAUGCGGGCCACACAUUAAUCACCCAUAGCGUUGUGUAUACUGCCGUGCACAGGAUAUUUUAGCUCAGGCGAAGAGCGUUCUUAAAAUGGCGAGAACAGAGUAUUUACAUCGAGGGGUCCUUGAAUUCUCCUUUCCACUCAUGUCUAUCACGAUGAAAGACAUACGCCCUGUUCGAAGCUGUGCAAAUGGGCUUCACUGGUCAUGCAUCUGUGGUUGUUUGAAUGCCGGGCUCUUAUUACUCGCAUUACUGUUGAACUACUGGGCAGCAGAGCGCCUAAGCUCCUGUUCCAAUGUCUCGUUAAUCCAAGACGAUCGCGGGUAUCCUAGGGCUUUGCAUGAUAGUUACCCUCUUCUGGAUGUAGCGAAGUUCAGACCCAUGAGAUUUGACGCCGAACUAGGACAGCCCUCCGUCUUCAAAGGACCCCCUAGACAAGAGCUCGACGAUGCUUGGGAUAGACUAGUUGAUCUACCCAUGAUUCUCGUGAAUAACGAGACGUUGCAAGCCUUUGAUCCAACGUCAAAGCCUACUAAAGGCAUUGAUGGUCACUUUUAUGCUACAGUGGAGGUAUACCACCAACUCCACUGUUUGGAUAUCACUCGCAAAUUCAUUUUUCGAGAUCAGUACCAACACGUUGAUACAUUCCAAGAUCCCCCUGGUCUGGUGUGGGAACAUGUCGACCACUGUAUAGACCUUCUGCGCCAGGUACUCAUGUGCAAUGCAGACAUUGGUCUCAUCUUUUACACUGAUGUCGGCCAACGACAACCGGUUGCCCGAGUAUCGACGACUCAUAAGUGCCGAAACUUCGCGGAUAUCACGGAUUGGGUGAAUCGUCACGAUUCAGAUUUAGGUUUCGUGCCAUGAAAUCAAGCCUAGUUCAGCACUAGAUUACAGACAGAUUGAAUGACACAUAUAGCUUUGUUUCAUCGC